UAAAAAUAAAAAUAAAGAAUUGACAAAUUGAAGCCGCCAAACAUUUCAUGGACCCAUGAAAAUUGGCCCUAGUCAACCAGAAGCUGACACGGACAACAUGAGACGGUGACUCUUGUUGGUAUGUGCAAGACUUUCAAUGUCAUCCACAAAAGAGUUUCAUUCCAAUUUCACAUUCACAGUGUCUUUUUUCCUCUUACGCGCUGCAAUUUGUUCUUCUUGUUCUUCCUAAAGUGAACCAAUAACCCCUUCAGUUCAGUUCAGUUCAGUUCAGUUCAACGAGGUGAAUGCAACCAAUUCUUUGACGAUGAUAAAGAACUGUGGAUUAUUUAGUGAUGAAAAUGCUUGUGUGAAAUUGUAGACUUCCAAGAAUGGAGGAAAUUCUAACCCUUCCAGUGCAAGACCCUCCUUGUGCUGAGUUUUCUGCUGAAACUAUAAAUUUGCUAAAUUUGGAAGGUGGUCGCCAAGGUGGUGAUGAUAUUGCUUUGAUUCCUUUUGCUAGAGUUGAUGAUUUUGUAAAAGAAGAAUCUUCCAAUCCAACUUGCCCUGCUAACUUUCGCGUUGAAUCAAGACGAAAGAGAGCUUCUGGGAGUGUUGCCAAACCAAGAGUUGAUGGAUAUCUUGAAUAUACACUAUACUGGUGUUCUUAUGGGCCUGAAGACUACCGAGAGAGUGAGAGAGUGAAUCGGGUGUAGUAGAUGCCACAAGUGUCAAACCUGCUUCAGGGAAGGGUAGCAGGCUAGGGAGGCGACACAUGAUGAGAGGCUGCCUUUGCCAUUUCACAGUUAAAAGACUAUACACCCGACCCCACCUUGCCCUAAUAAUAUAUGACCAGAAGAGGCAUGUAGAUAAAGCAGGGGCACUGUGUCAUGGAAUAUUUGAUAUACUGCAGUAGGGACAAGAGCUAUGUAUGCUCCGCGAAUUUCGGAUGAGUUACGCCAGAAAGUGAUGUCUAUGCUAUAUGUUGGAAUAUCUUUGGACAAUAUAUUACAGCACCAUGCAGAGGUAACACAGAAGCAAGGUGGACCCUUAAACCGUGGCGAUUUUCUCACUCGAAAUGAUGUGCGCAACAUGGAAAGGACUAUUCAUAAUUCUUCACGUGAGCUACUGGGAAAUGAAGAAUGCAGUGUAAAGAUAUGGAUUCAGCGUCAUCAGAAGGACAUUUUCUAUUUCCAAGAUAACUCAGGCUCAGAAUCUUUUAUUGUGGCUAUACAGACAGAUUGGCAGCUGCAACAAAUGCUUCGUUAUGGAAGUAAUAGUUUCAUUUCUUUUCACUCAGCCUUUGGCUUGAAGAAGCUUAAGUAUCCUGUAUGUUCUUUACUUGUUUUCGAUUCAUCGCAAAAUGCAAUUCCAGUUGCUUGGAUCAUCUCCUCAUCUUUUGUUGGUAAAGAUAUUCAUAAAUGGAUUGUAUUGCUAUCUGAAAGAUUACGAACCAAGGAUCCCAGAUGGAAGCCUAAUGCUAUUUUUCUGGAUGAUCCAUCUUUUAACUAUUAUAUCAUAAGAGAGGCAUUCCAGUGUCGCAUCCUAUUAUGUACCUGGCAUGUUCGCCGUACUUGUAUAAAAAUGCUUUUCAAGAAAUGUUGCAACUUUGAGGUACAGCAGAGGAUGUUUAGGCAAUUGGGUUCGAUUUUGUACUCUGCAAGAUGUGGACCAAAUGCUAUGGAUGCAAUUGACGAGCUUAUGCAAAUUUUUGUUGACCAGUGUGACUUCAUUGAUUAUUUAAAGAGUCAUAUUCUAGCUAUUAUAGAUGUUUGGAUUAAUGGCAUAAAAUCGCUUCCCGUGACAACUCCCAAGCCACAUGACGCAAUGGAAUCCUAUCACCUGAAACUGAAAUCCACUCUUUUAAAGGAGAGCCAUGCUAACUUCUGGUCAAGAGUUGACUGGUUAAUCCACACUUUAACUACUGAAUUUCACUCACUAUACUGGCUAGAUCAAUAUAGUUUAGAGACCGGAUAUUUUGAGAAUUUGCGAGACAAUUCUUUCUCCACUAAUGCUUGGUAUCAUGCUCUUCAUAUUCCCGAUGUUGAUGUGGUACUCAAUGAGCAAAAUCUCCAUCUUGCCAAAAUAUUAUCUCAGCUGACAAAAACUUGGUGUAUACAGAAUAUUCUUUCAACAUAGUUAUAAUAACAUAUGUUUUGGGUAUAGUUUGACAUGCGGUUACUUUCAAGGCGCUAUUUGAGGUUCAUGGUGGCUCCUCUAUAGCAUUUCUCGAGCUGUGGGGCUUUGUAGAUAUUCAAUGGCCAGAUGCAUUUCCCUCCUAGCUUGAAGUUUCUUUGAAAUCUAUGUAGUUGUCUAUCAUUCAUGAAAAUUUCAGCUUUUGUGCUGAGAAUGGUGCGCAACUAUAUGGUGGUUGCCCAUGGUGCACCUGCAUCGAGCCAUUCAACCCUACAACUUAUACUCUGGACCGUGCAAAGUGCAAACAAACAGUUGAAUAGACAUUUUCAAAUCGAUGUAAGAUGAUAUUCUGGUACGGAAUCAUUAUUUUCAGAUGCCACAUCAUAAACAAGGUGCAAAUGAAUGUUACUAAUGAAGACUUGUUUGUAUCAAUCUGUGUCAACCCUCCUCAAGUUCAACACGAUUAUGAUCAGAAGAGUUUAUUACCAUCCUGUAAAGAAAAAUAAAGCUAUUACUGGAUGCAGACUUGCACGAUUGAAUAAACAACCACUUGUAUACCUUAUUUAGAUAGAUUGAAAGUUCCAAUCAAUGACACAGUUUCUAGGGACAUAGUACCGUGCUACCUGAUCCUACAAUUUGUAUACCCUUGUUAUAUACCAUACUACCUCCGUCUCAAAUUAUA